CGCAGCUCCCCGGAACCGAAAGUGAUAAUGUGCAGCCGGACGGUUUAGAGUGUGACACCGCAGGCAGCGUGGAGGAAAUUGGAGCUGUGCAGCUCGCAGGGGUAAUAAUCACGGGAGGUGGCUCCUGCUGUUCUUCCAUCACAUCACCAUGAGUCUUGCUUUGCAUGAGCUUCUCCUCUGCUGUCGUCAACUGGAAAAUGACAAAGCUACAGAAAGACGGAAAGAAAUUGAGAAGUUUAGACGUCUCCUUCGAGAUCCAGAGACUGUUCAGCAGUUAGAUCAUAAUUCUGACUCUCGACAUGGUAAACAGCUCAACUGGGACACAGUCUUCAGGUUCUUACAGAAAUAUAUCUUCAAAGAAACAGAGAGCCUUAAAUCUGCAAAAGCGAAUGUCUCUCUUUCCACACAAGCUGCUCGUCAAAAGAAAAUGCAAGAAAUCAGCUGCCUGGUUAAAUAUUUCAUCCGCUGUGCAAAUAAAAGAGCUCCACGGUUAAAGUGCACUGAGCUCUUACUACAUGUGACAGACACGGUAAAAGACCCCACAACCUGCGCUGCUUAUGGGGCAGAUUACAGUAGUAUACUCCUUAAGGAUAUCUUGUCUGUACGCAAGUACUGGUGUGAGAUUACCCCACAGCAAUGGGCAGAUCUGCUCACCCUGUACUGUAAUUUGUACUUGAAGCCAAGUAGUACCAUCAAUCGUUUGUUAGUGGCCCGUAUAAUCCACACAUUGACCAGAGGAUGCUGUCUCCAGACGGACGGGAUGCAUGGCAAAUUUUUCAACUUCUUUAUGCUGGCGAUGCAGAGAAUCCGGGAGGAGAGAAACCCAAUUGGACUGGACCAGAUUCUUGCUGCUCUCAAUGUGUUCCUUAGCACGGCAUCUCUGACCUGCCGCAUGCGAGUGUGCAGGUUGGGAGAGGACCUCUUCCUGACGGUGUUGCGAGUGUGGAACCAGCAAAGACCCAAAGUCGCUCUUAAGGAGGAAAUUGUGGAGUUCUUCAGGUUACAGUUACAUAUUCAUCAUCCAAAAGGAGCCAAAACCGCAGAAGAAGGGGCGUAUGCGUGGGACCCCGAUAAAUGGCAGAGGAAUUUGUACAGCUUGUAUGACACUAUGGUCCACGAAAUCAGUCAGAUAGGAAGCAGAGGCAAAUAUUCCUCUGGAUUGCGCCAUGUUGCAGUCAAGGAAAAUCUGGUGGAACUAAUGGCAGACAUUUGUCAUCAGCUUUUUACGGAAGACACCAGAGUCUUGGAGAUCACCCAGGCGUCUUUUGCAGUCACACAAAGGGAUGCGUCGGGUGAAGGAGCACCAAGCAAGCGUCGAAGGAUUGAACUGGGUUGGGAAGUCGUCCGGGAAAACCUACAAAAAUCUCUCAAUGACUUUGAUGUUGUCCCAUGGUUGCAGAUUACAACCUGCAUUAUUGCCAGACACCCUAUGAGCCUGCCUAGUAGUGAAUUGACCCCGUUACUGACUGUUCUGCUCCAAUUACUUGCCCAGCAAAAGCGCGGGGAGAGGGCAACCUACGUACUAAGGUGCCUGAAGCAAGUUGCCAUGUGUCAGAGACAAAAGACAGAUGUGGUGGCCGUCUCCAAAUCAGAUCUUCACAAACUUUGGACAAAAAUUUGGACUCUCGCUUUACGCAGCAUCAGUUCGCCGCAAACAGAAGCAGAGAGCUUUUCCUUGUUGGCCGUCAUAUUGCAGGGGAAUCUCGUACCAGCCGACAGAGAUUUCUGGAAGGUGUUUUCUGGGUCUGCUGGCAAACCAUCCAGUUCUGCGGUGCGGUGCCUUGGCCAAGCUCUGAGCUCCUGUGCUAUUCCAGACUAUCUCAGUAAAGGACUGGACCAACCUGGAGGCGAAAGCAACGGAAGCAAAGGCUCAUUAAAAGCGGACAUUAUACAGUGGCUACUCUUUGGACAUUUAGAUGAGGACAUGGAAGACAACAAUGAGCUUUCCCCAGUUUUAACCAAAGCCUUCUCCCACUCUUUGCUGCCUGAUGUCCUUGUGAGCCUCACCAUUAAAGAUUCUGCAACUGCUAUGACAUUUUUUGGAAGCCUUUCAGACGGCUCACGUAGUAAGAAAGACGAGAUGGUUUCCUUUGACACAGAAGAACUAUAUCUUCACACCUCGUUUAAUGAAACGACUCUGUCCCGUACGGAUGCUCCGGAUUCUGCCAGGAAGCCCGGCUCCUUGUGUCUGACUGUGAAUACAUCCAUCAGAGAGAAGCUAGAACAUAAUCUUAUCACGUUGUCUGAGCAGCUUCUCAACGGUUACUCCUCGGAGGCAACACCUGCUGUCAGCAUGGUUCAGUGCGCAAGUCUGUUAGCCGGGGUCUUGGCCAAUUACCGCUACGCUGAGAUCAUCAGCGAGGAAGACGCGUACAAAUCUCAGUUGUUUCAAAAAGCCAAGAUGCUGAUGCAGUGCGCAGCGGAGAGCACCUCAUUCCUAAAGUCAAAAAUAGGAGAGGAUACCAGGAUAUUCUCACUGGGGUUGUUGGUAGCUCAGUGCCUGGGCUGUAUGCGUGACUGCAUUAAGAAUAGCCCAGGACAGUUCUUCAAAGAUUUCUUCCUCCGCCUCUUAACUACAAGGAUGUUAACUGAUUUGUGUGACAUCUGUAGAUGUUUGUUUACCAGCAGUGGAAACCCGGUAGAGGUAGGUGAAGUAGACCUAAUGGAUAUUGACCCAGAAUCUAGAUGUGAGGGAGAUGACCAAGGAGCAAUGGACCUCUUUGAUGACCACCAUGGUACUGAAGCAGCAGAUGGCACAGACAUCGGGGAACUGCAGAAUAUCACCGGGGCAGCCAGUCCUCUGUCUGAGGAACAUUUGUCAAAGCAAGAUUCCGUCCUGCUGCAGACCCUUCGGUUUCUUUGUCUUUGUGCGUCAGCGGCUCACAACCUAAAUGUGUCCUUCAGGCCGUCUGAUAUACGGAGGAAACUCUUAAACAUCAUUGACAGUAACUCUUUGGAUACGAGCAAGCCUCUGCAGCUUCAUGUGUAUUUGCAGCUGUUAGGCGAGCUGCAUAUGGCGGAUGCUCCUCUUCCUGUGGAUGACAUGAUCGCCCUGCUGAAGCCGCUUCCCGAGGUCUGCUCUGCAUAUCGACGUGACCAGGAGGUGUGCGUCGCCAUCUUGCAGAGACUGCUUCCCGUCGUGGUGUGUUUGGGGCAGGACGAGGCCGAAACAGAUGAUAGAUGCGAUGCAGAGGGACAGGUCCUAAGCAUUGUCCAAGCUUUUUGGCACUUGACAAAGGAAGGGAAAUGCACGGCCGUAGUCAGAGUUGCCCUUGUGAACUGCAUGAAGACAUUGAUUGAGGUUGAUCCUCAUGCUAAGUGGGCCAUCAUCAGUAUUGCAGAUUCCGAACUUCCCGUGAGAGAUGCUUUCCCACAAUUCCUGGCAGACGCCAAUCAUCGAGUUCGCCUGAUCACCGCCAUGUCUGUAAAUAGACUGUUCCAGGAUGUGAAAUCACGAGCCCUUCCCCUGAAGUUACAGCAGAAGGCGUUCGAUAACGUGUACAUGAAGGUCCAGGAGGGAAUGAAUUCCAUGUCUCGGGGCAGCCCAGACCGCGACGAUCUCCCCGAUGAGGAGUACAACCGAAAAUCGACGUUGUUGAUGCUGAUAUCGGUGGUCCUGCGCAGCAGCCCUGUUUGUGAGAAGCAGGCUCUCUUUGCCGUUUGUCAGUCUGUCAAAGAAAAUGGACUUGACACCCAGCUCAUUAAAAAGGUGCUGGAACGAGUUUCUGCAGCCCUGGGUUACAGAAAUGUGAAAGACUUCAUGACUUCUCAUUUGGAUUAUCUGAUUCUUGAGUGGCUUCAAAUGAAUGUUCCUGGGUACAGCCUGUCUGCGUUCCCCUACACCUUAUUAAACUACUCCACGCUGCAAGAGUUUUACAGAUGCUGUUACAAGGUUCUCAUCCCACACCUGGUGAUAAGAAGUGAUUUCGAAGAAGUAAAGGCUGUUGCGCAGUGUAUUGAGGAGGACUGGAAGGUCCUGCUGGCCAAUUGCUUCCCAAGGAUUCUUGUGAACAUUCUCCCCUACUUUGCCUAUGAAUGCGCUGGGGAUCCGGAGAUGGCGAAGAAGAGAGUGGUCGCCACUAAAGUGUAUGACUUGCUGCAGCAGGAGAGCUGCCUGGGCAAGCAGCAAAUAGACAGCUUGUUCAUCCGAAACCUGCCAGACAUCGUGGGAGAGCUGCUAAUGACGUUACAUGAAUCGACAAGCAGUGCAACACGUGAAGAGCCGGAGUUACUCCGCUUUACAGGGGAACUGGACCCUGCUCCAAAUCCACCCUAUUUUCCUUCUUAUGUCAUUAAGGCAACCUUGGAUUAUAUCAGCAGCUGCCAUAAAAGCAAGCUCAAAAGCCUUGUGGCAAUUCUUUCGAAGAGCCCGGAUUCAUUCCAGAAGAUACUUCUGUCCAUUUGCAAACAGGCGGCAGAGACCAGCAAUGUUUACAAGAAGCACCGCAUCCUCUCCAUAUACCACCUGUUUGUCAGCCUGCUGCUGGUGGAAAUGAAGGAUGGUUUAGGUGGAGCCUGGGCUUUCGUGCUCAGAGAUGUCAUAUACACUUUGAUCCACCACAUAAACAGCAGGGUUUCUCAUACCGUGGACGAUGUCACCUCGCGAACCCUCCUGCUAUGCCUGGACCUCUUACACCGUGUGUGCCAAACAGCUGUCACUUACUGCAAGGAUGCUUUAGAGUGUCACCUCCAUGUUAUCGUGGGCACUAUGAUCUCUUUGGCCAACAGCCGGGUAGAAAUUAAAACACAGGUGUGUGAAUUGCUAAAGUUUUUGGUGAUCGAAAACAAAGACAAUGAAAACCUUUACCAGACCAUUAAACUUCUGGAUCCCUUUCCUGAUCACCCCAUCUUUAAGGAGCUGCGGCAGGUUCACCAUCAAAUUAAGUACAGCAGAGGACCUUUCUCCCUAUCGGAGGAAAUUAACCACUUUCUCUCGGUCAGCAUUUGCGAGACUCUUCCUCUAACGAGACUGGAAGGUUUAAAUGACUUAAGAAAACAAUUAGAACAGCACAAAGAUCAGAUGAAAGAUCUUUUAAGAGAUUUGCAAGAAAACCCCCAGGAGAGCGUCAUUGCAAAGCUAGUGGUCAGUCUGCUGCAGCUGUCCAAGUGUGCGAUGCAUCAUGAAAACGGGAGAGAGGUUCUAGAAGCUGUCGGGAGCUGCCUUGGCGAACUGGGUCCUAUUGACUUUUCUACAAUAGCUCUCCAGCACAGAAAUGACCUUGUCAAGGUUGUUUUUCAGGAAAAAGAGCUCCAGUGUGUGCUGGUCACAUUGGUUUUAAUAAAUAAUGCGAUGACAGAUCAUUGUAUCCAGAUCCGAUCAGCAGCUGUGACUUGCUUAAAAAAUAUUUUGGCUACAAGAACUGGCAGCAUGUUUUGGGACGUCUACAAAGAUAAGGAAGAUCCCAUGCUCGUUUAUUUCCAGCCGUUCCGUGUUCCUAAGAAAAAGUUUCUGGAGGUGUCAGACAUUCAGACGAAUGGUUCUCUGGAAAGCCUGGACGACGCUAACGUUUGGAUACCACACAAUGGUAGCCACGGGGUCUGGGUAAAGGACCUGACUUGCUCGUUGUUGGAAAGUGGUGGUGUGAAGAGUGAAGUCCUGCGGUUACUAAAACCUAUAUGCAAGGUGAAAGUAGAUUUUUCUCAAGCUGUGUUGCCGAAUCUUCUCCACAACAUCCUCCUUCAUGACUCUGAUGGCUCAUGGAGGAAGCUUCUAUCAAAACACAUCCAAGGCUUUUUCACAUCAUGCUGCCGGUCUGUACCAAGUUCCAGUAGAUCAGCCACCCCAGCAAGCUCUGAUUCAGAGUCUGAAGGUUUGACACGUGGGAGUCUGAAUGUGGCUUCCAGGAGGACGAUGCUCAGUGUGGUUGAAUACCUAAGAAAACAAAGGAGGCCCGUCCCAGGGACAGCCUUUGAUGAUAAUUUCUGGCUGGAUCUUAACUACCUUGAGGUGGCCAUGGCAGUCCAGUCCUGUUCAGCCCACUUCACCGCUUUACUCUAUGCCGAAAUAUAUGCGGACAAGAUCAGGCUGGAUGCAGAGCAAAGGACAAGGUCCUUGUCAAGUGCCCGAAAGAGUCUGAAGUUUGAGGAGGAAAGUCAGGUUAUGACGAUCACCAGUCUGAGUGACAAAAGCAAAGAAGAGACUGGCAUAAGUUUGCAGGACCUGCUGCUGGAAAUCUACAGAAGUAUCGGGGAGCCUGACAGUUUGUACGGCUGCGGCGGAGGAAAAAUGCUCCAACCUCUUGCCAGAAUCCGAACCUAUGAACACGAGGCGAUGUGGGGGAAAGCCUUGGUUACCUAUGACUUGGAAGUGAAUCUUCCUCCGGCCACGCGGCAAGCUGGCAUCAUGCAGGCCCUGCAGAACUUUGGAUUGAGUCGCACGCUCUCCACUUACCUGCGCGGUCUGGAACACGAUAACGCGGAGUGGACCGCCGAGCUGCAAGAGAUCCGUUACCAGGCCGCCUGGAGGAAUAUGCAGUGGGAUGACGGCUCACCCAUCAAGUAUGAUUCGUCAGGACCUAGUUAUCAUGAAUCCCUUUUCCGGGCCUUACAGUCUUUGCGAGACAAGGAAUUGACUGGCUUCCACGAGCACCUCAAACAUGCCCGGGUUAGGGAAGUGGAAGAGCUCUGUAAAGGAAGCCUGGAGUCCGUCUACUCUCUCUAUCCCACCCUGAGUAGACUCCAAGCCAUCGGAGAGCUUGUAAAUAUUGGCCAGAUGUUUACCAGUUCCAUCACUGACUCUCGGUUAGAUGACAUGUGUACAAAGUGGCAGAGGCAAUCCCAGCUCCUUAAAGACAGCGACUUUGGAUUCCAGGAGCCGGUCAUGGCUCUUCGUUCGGUUAUCCUGGAGACAAUGCUGGAAAAAGAGGCAAAUGGCACCAGUCGGGAUUGUCUUAAGAAUAUUCUCACCCAGCACCUGGUGGAGUUGUCCAGGUUAGCCAGGACUGCUAGAAAUACACAGCUUCCAGAGAAGGCGAUGUUUCAGAUAAAGCAGCAUAAUCCUGCCCAGUUUGCGGUGUCUGAGUGGCAGCUUGAAGAAGCUCAGAUCUUCUGGGCCAAAAAGGAACAGAGUCUUGCCUUGGGAAUACUCAAGCAAAUGAUUCACAAACUGGAAGCAAGCAGUUUUGAGGUUGAGAAUGAUUCGCGUCUGCAGCUGAUCUACGUGGAGUGUCUGAGGCUCUGUGGCAACUGGCUCGCGGAAACCUGUUUGGAAAGUCCUACCGUCAUCAUGCAGAACUACCUGGAAAAGGCGGUGGAUGUAGCCGAGGCGGUUAGCGAUGGCGUGGGGGACAGACAGCAGCGAGGGAAGAUGAAGGCGUUCCUGUCGCUGGCUCGCUUCUCAGACGCCCAAUAUCAGAGGAUCGACAAUUACAUGAAGUCCUCGGAGUUUGAGAACAAACAGGCUUUGCUGAGGAAGGCGAAGGAAGAAGUUGGAUUGAUGCGACAGCACAAGGUUCAGAGUAACAGGUAUACCGUGAAAGUGCAGAGGGAACUGGAGCUCGAUGAAUGCGCCAUCUCGGCCCUGAAGGAGGACCGCAAGCGUUUUCUGUGCAGGGCUGUCGAGAACUACAUCAGCUGCCUGGUGUGCGGAGAGGAACACGACAUGUGGAUAUUCCGUCUGUGCUCCCUGUGGCUGGAGAACUCUGCUCUGCCUGAAGUGAACAGCAUGAUCCAGCAAAAUGCCCUGAAGAUACCCUCUUACAAGUUUCUGCCUCUGAUGUACCAGCUGGCCGCUCGGAUGGGAACGAAGAAGAUGGGGAACCUUGGAUUUCAUUCCGUACUUAAUGAUCUUAUCGGCAGGAUCUGCCUGGAUCAUCCGUACCACACGCUCUUCAUUAUCCUGGCUCUGGCCAAUGCCAACAAAGAUGAUCUCCUGCAGAAAGCAGAGGCUGUCCGAAGGAGCCGUCUGACCAAGAAUGCGCCCAAGCAGAUCUCCCAGCUUGACGAGGACCGGAUGGAAGCUGCAUCUAACAUAAUUAAUACAAUUAAGAAACGGAGAAGCAGCAUGGUACAAGAUGUCCAGAGGCUUUGCGACGCUUAUAUCAUUUUAGCCAACAUGGAGGCCAACCAGUGGAAAUCACAAAGGAGUUCCAUACCCAUCCCAUCCGAUCAGCCCAUCACGAAAUUAAGUAAUUUACAUGAUGUUGUUAUCCCAACUAUGGAAAUUAAGGUCGAUCCCAGUGGGAAGUAUGAAAAUCUGGUGACAAUAAAAUCCUUUAAGCCCGAGUUCCGCUUGGCAGGAGGCCUCAACCUUCCGAAAAUAAUUGACUGUAUUGGUUCUGAUGGAAAGGAGAGAAGACAGCUUGUUAAGGGGAGAGAUGACUUGAGACAGGACGCUGUGAUGCAGCAAGUUUUCCAGAUGUGUAACACGUUGUUACAGAAGAACACGGAGACAAGGAAGAGAAAGCUGACGAUCCGCAGAUACAAGGUGGUGCCCCUGUCUCAGCGGAGCGGGGUGCUGGAGUGGUGCACAGGCACGGUGCCCAUAGGAGAAUACCUUGUGAACACAGACGACGGCGCUCACAAGCGCUACCGACCCAGCGAUUACAGCAGCCUGCAGUGCCAGAAGAAAAUGAUGGAGGUGCAGAGAAGCCGCUUCGAAGAGAAGUAUCUAACGUUUCUUGAUGUCUGUGAGAAUUUCCGCCCCGUCUUCCGAUACUUCUGCAUGGAGAAGUUCUUAGAUCCCGCCGUUUGGUUUGAGAAGCGUUUGGCUUACACUCGAAGUGUCGCUACGUCAUCUAUUGUCGGUUAUAUUGUUGGUCUCGGGGACAGACACGUCCAGAAUAUACUCAUCGAUGAGGAGACGGCAGAGCUUGUGCACAUAGACUUGGGAGUGGCUUUUGAGCAAGGCAAGAUUCUCCCCACGCCAGAAACCGUUCCUUUCCGUCUGACCAGAGAUAUUGUGGACGGAAUGGGCAUCACGGGAGUUGAGGGGGUCUUCAGAAGAUGUUGUGAGAAGACCAUGGAGGUGAUGAGGAGCUCUCAGGAAGCAUUGCUGACCAUUGUGGAAGUCCUGCUCUACGAUCCGCUGUUCGAUUGGACGAUGAAUCCUCUUAAAGCGCUGUACCUGCAGCAGGAUGAGGCCGAUCUCAACGCGACUCUCGGCGGCGAUGACCCUGAAUGCAACCGGAACUCUUGCAAUGACACGCAGAGCUUUAAUAAAGUGGCAGAACGUGUCCUGCUGCGUCUCCAAGAGAAAUUAAAGGGAGUGGAAGAAGGAAUGGUUCUGAACGUGGGAGGACAAGUGAAUCUUCUCAUCCAGCAAGCCAUGGACCCGAAGAACCUCAGCAGGCUUUUCCCUGGAUGGAAGGCCUGGGUGUAAUGCUAGCACUGAAACGAAAACUACAUUUGGGGUACUCGCCAUGGAAGUUGGUGAAUGUUUAAAAUCACAUGAGGUUUUUGUGAAAUAAAGUUUACGUAUGUGUUCCGAAUAGAAAGUCCUGCU